CUCCAGUCCUUAUGUGUGCGCCAAGUUUGGUGACUUUUGAAGCAUUUUAAAGGGGUCAAAUUACAGCGCAAAGAGGCAAAAAUGGCAUUUUUUUGCGAACAUUUUAUUUUGAAGGGGUUUUUUGCCAACUUCCUGUAGAUUUUUGCUGAAAGAAGUGUGUAUGAAAAUUGGGUCUAAGUCAGACCUACAUAGGAGUUUUUGUUUCAUGUCGCUAUGACAUUCCUGACAGAAGUUACAUGCAGUUUUGUCUGUAAUUUUUUCCUAGGGGGCGCUAGAGCGCAAUUUUCAUUUUGGGGGAUCGGUUGCUUAAUAUGUUGGGAAGGUUUGCUAUAGCGACGUGUGUGUCAAAUUUGGUGAGUUUUGAAGUAUGUUAAGGGGGUCAAAUUACAGCGUGUAGGUGCGGAAUAAUAAUAAAACACAGCAGUUUCCCAUGGGUCUGCGGACCCUAAUAAAUAUUUCAUCCAAGAACAGCUGCCAGCCAGCAGGUUGUGUUCACAGGUACUGUAAGUUACCACGGUAACCCACUCUGAAUAUGUCCUUUUUUGGAAAAAUGACUUUCCUUCAUCUCAUGAGUUGUCACUUCACCUGCUUUCUGCAAUAACCCCCCCCCCAGGUGCCGUAGGUAAAGCUGGGGCCUUUGCAGAAGGCAGCUUCCCUCCCUAGGCUGACCUACUAACACCAAAAACCGGGGCCAGUUCCAUAAGCGAGCAUGCUGGCCAGGUUCAAUUAUGAACCCAGUGGGCGUCCUCCUGCUCACCGUGAUUCCAUUAACGAGCCCUUCAGGACGCGCUGCAAUCAAGUGACUAUUAACGACACCUUGAGGGACAUGUUGACGCGCAACCUGUGUUUGUACACUUGUAAUUGUGCUAAUUAAUUAAGUCUCACCGUGAGGACCUCCACAUGUUUUUCCUCCUUCCACGUCUCCAUUAUGUCAUUUGUGCCAACGCAGUCAGGAUCAAGCUGUGGCCCUCGACGUUAUGCAACCUGGUUUAGAUCGCUACUGCCAGGGAAGUAUUCAUUUAACAUAAUUCUCCCCCACUUUUCAUCCCAUCGGAGCCGUUCAAGUAUUAAGUAAAAGGGACAAGCGGUAGAAAAAGGCUGGACUUAUAUCAAUCAAUCAAUCAACGGUGUAGCUCCAUCCUAUCUUGCCGAUUGUAUUGUACCAUAUGUCCCGGCAAGAAAUCUGCGUUCAAAAGACUUCGGCUUAUUAGUGAUUCCUAGAGCCCAAAAAAAGUCUGCGGGCUAUAGAGCGUUUUCCUUUCGGGCUCCAGUACUCUGUAAUGGCCUCCCGGUAACAGUUCGAGAUGCCACCUCAGUAGAAGCAUUUAAGUCUCACCUUAAAACUCAUUGGUAUACUCUAGCCUUUAAAUAGACUCCCUUUUUAGACCAGUUGAUCUGCUGUUUCUUUUCUUUUUCUUCUAUGUCCCACUCUCCCUCGUGGAGGGGGUUCGGUCCGAUCCGGUGGCCAUGUACUGCUUGCCUGUGUAUCGGCUGGGGACAUCUCUGCGCUGCUGAUCCGCCUCCGCUUGGGAUGGUUUCCUGCUGGCUUCGCUGUGAACGGGACUCUCGCUGCUGUGUUGGAUCCGCUUUGGACUGAACUCUCGCGACUGUGUUUGAUCCAUUAUGGAUUGAACUUUCACAGUAUCAUGUUAGACCCGCUCGACAUCCAUUGCUUUCCUCCUCUCCAAGGUUCUCAUAGUCAUCAUUGUCACCGAUGUCCCACUGGGUGUGAGUUUUCCUUGCCCUUAUGUGGGCCUACCGCAGAUGUCGUAGUGGUUUGUGCAGCCCUUUGAGACACUAGUGAUUUAGGGCUAUAUAAGUAAACAUUGAUUGAUUGAUUGAUAUACAAACCCCGUUUCCAUAUGAGUUGGGAAAUUGUGUUAGAUGUAAAUAUAAACGGAUUACAGUGAUUUGUAAAUUGUUUUCAACCCAUAUUCAGUUGAAUAUGCUACAAAGACAACUUAUUUGAAGUUAAAACUCAUAAACUUUAUUUAUUUUUUGCAAAUAAUAAUUAACUUAGAAUUUCAUGGCUGCCACAUGUGCCAAAGUAGUUGGGAAAGGGCAUGUUCACCACUGUGUUACAUCACCUUUUCUUUCAACAACACUCAAUAAACGUUUGGGAACUGAGGAAACAAAUUGUUGAAGCUUUGGAAGUGGAAUUCUUUCCCAUUCUUGUUUUAUUUAGAGCAGGGGUAGGGAACCUAUGGCUCUAGAGCCAGAUGUGGCUCUUUUGAUGACUGCAUCUGGCUCUCAGAUAAAUCUUAGCUGCCGUUGCUUAACACGAUAAGUAAUGAAUAAUUCCGCUGGUAAUCACAGUGUUAAAAACAACUUUUGAAAUUAUAAAACAUUCUCAUGCAUUUUAAUCCAACCAUCCAUUUUCUAGAAGUUGCAUCAAUGGUAAAAAGUAUUAUAUUUAUUAUUGGUUAACUUUAGGAUAACAAUGUUAUUAAAAAGAAUAAGAGACUUAUUAUGCUCUAAAAAUGUUGGUCUUACUUAAAAAUGCACGCAUUUAGUUGUAUUCAUCCAUCCAUCCAUCCAUCCAUUCAUUCAUUUUCUACCGCUUAUUCCCUUUGGGUUUGUGGGGGGCGCUGGUGCCUAUCUCAGUUACAAUAUGGCGGAAGGUGGGGUACACCCUGGACAAGUCGCCACCCAUAUGGCUCUCACGGGUAUGCAUUUUUAAAUAUCUGGCUUUCAUGGCUCUCUCAGCCAAAAAGGUUCCCGACCUCUGAUGUAGAGUUUCAGUCGUUCAACAAUCCGGGGUCUCCGCUUACGCUUCAUAAUGCGCCACACAUUUUCCAUGGGAGACAGGUCUGGACUGCAGGCGGGCCAGGAAAGUACUUGCAGUCUUUUACUACAAAGCCACGCUGUUAUAACACAUAGCUCCAUUAUUCAUUAAACAAAUUACAGCAACACAGAUUUAUGCGAUAAAACAGACAACUUAUAGCUGCGAACUUGACUGCUCUGUUCCAUAGUAAAGCUUCACCGUCAUCUUUCGGGAAUGUAAACAAUGAAACACCGGCUGUGUUUGUGUUGCUAAAGGCAGCCGCAAUACAUCGCUUCCCACCUACAGCUUUCUUCUUUGACGUCUCCAUUAUUCAUUAAACAAAUUGCAAAAGAUUCAGCGACACAGAUUUAUGCGAUAAAACAGACAACUUAUAGCUGCGAACUUGACUGCUCUGUUCCAUAGUAAAGCUUCACCGUCAUCUUUCGGGAAUGUAAACAAUGAAACACCGGCUGUGUUUGUGUUGCUAAAGGCGGCCGCAAUACAUCGCUUCCCGCCUACAGCUUUCUUCUUUGACAUCUCCAUUAUUCAUUUAAAAAAUUGCAAAAGAUUCAGCAACACAGAUUUAUGCGAUAAAACCGACAACUUAUAGCUUCGAACUUGACUGCUCUGUUCCAUAGUAAAGCUUCACCAUCUUUCGGGAAUGUAAACAAUGAAACACUGUUUGUGUUUGUGUUGCUAAAGGCGGCCGCAGUACAUCGCUUCCCACCUACAGCUUUCUUCUUUGAUGUCUCCAUUAUUCAUUGAACAAAUUGCAAAAGAUUCAGCCACACAGAUUUAUGCGAUAAAACAGACAACUUAUAGCUGCGAACUUGACCGCUCUGUUCCAUUGUAAAGCUUCACCGUCAUCUUUCGGGAAUGUAAACAAUGAAACACCGGCUGUGUUUGUGUUGCUAAAGGCGGCCGCAAUACAUCGCUUCCCACCUACACCUUUCUUCUUUGACGUCUCCAUUAUUCAUUAAACAAAUUGCAAAAGAUUCAGCAACACAGAUUUCCGGAAUACUGUGGAAUUAUGCGAUGAAAACAGACGACUUAUAGCUGGAAACGGUGCUGGAACAAAAUCUCCUCUACAAUGCAUUGAUAUAUAAACUAUCAGACUGUGUGGUGAGUAGUAGUGGCUUUCAGUAGGCCUUUAAAUUCUAAGUUAAUGAUUAUUUGAAAAGUUUCUCACUGGGAACAUUAAGUCUUUGCAGUCUAUUCAAUUGAAUAUAAGUCGAAAAGGAUUUGCGAAUCAUUGUAUUCUCUUUUUAUUUACCAUUUACACAACCUGCCAACUUCACUGCUUUUGCAUUUUGUAAAUCUCUUCCAGGUGUGAACAUAACCACGUCAUGUAACACAGUGACCACGUGUUACCCAGGCCCGGCACCUCUUUUUCCUCCUUACGUCCUGCGCUCUUUUCUGAUGGUGACGCCAUGAUGAGCGCGUAGAAAGACAGCGCUGAUGUGUCGUAUUGACCCUCUGUCUUCAUGCCCCCAUGCACAGUCCGCUUACAUAACGCCAAAGCUUCACGCCGCUCUCGGCGUUUUCCUCUUUCAGGGGGGAAAAAAAAAGAGGAUUGUAUGGAAAAGUCCUGUGGAGGGCGGAAGAGGAGGAGGAGGGAGGCGGGGCGGAUCCCAGUAAGUGAGGAGCCCUUAAAGCUUGGCCGACACAGCGGAGGAGAUGACAUGCGAGCUGACCGUGGUGCUGGACAUCUUCAUCCGAUCCUCUCGCGCCGGACCGCCUGACACCACAAGGAAGAUGAGCAACACCGACUACUGGGUGGUGGACUACGACCUGUCCUCUCCGGCCCCGCCCGGCUUCGCCAGGGCCCCGGCGGACCUGGAGCCCAUGGCGGGACACCCGGACCAGGGCACGGCCUUGUGCUUCCUGGGCCUCCUGCUGCUGCUGCUGCUCUUCCUCAUGGUGCGCUGCGUGCGGAUCCUCUUAGAUCCUUACAGCAGCAUGCCGGCCUCCUCCUGGACGGACCACAAGGAGGGUCUGGACAAAGGACACCUCGACUAUGCGCUGGUGUGAGAACCAAGGACUACAUACAGGUGUGCACGGAAGGUAGGGUUCUGUCUUCGCCUCGUCCCUCCACGGGUCCCGAAGAAAGAGAUGAUAGGUGUAAUCUGCUCACAGAUGCUCCCCUGCUGGUGGUUUGAGCACACUGCAGCCAGCCCUGGAUAGUCCAUCCAUCCAUCCAUUUUCUACCGCUUAUUCCCUUUGGGGUCGCGGGGGGCGCUGGCACCUAUCUCAGCUACAAUAGUCCCAUCCCUUAAUGCUUCAGGCAGUCGCAGGAUUCUCACAGGAGUGAGGCCAAAGUACAACCUUGCCUACUGUACAUCACACUCGGAGCUGUUUUGUUUAUUUUUCGUUUACUGAUGAUGUCACUUUUCAUACUCAAAAUGUUUCAUGUCUAACUGAAACAUUGUUUUUUAUUUAUUUUUUAUAACGUAGAUCAGGGGUUCUUAGCCUUUUAGAACUUUUCCACUACAGAGGGGCCCCGGGGCCCCACUCAAAUAUUAACACGGACUAUUCAAUAAUUGUAUCUUGAUUACUUAUAGUUUACAACAUCGUCCAAUGAUAUGAAAUCUACCGUUUCUUCUUCAACACUAAGUUAAUUUCUUAUUUAACUUAUUUCGAGGAUGUCGUUGUGGCUUGUGCAGCCCUUUGAGAAACUCGUGAUUUAGGGCUAUAUAAGUAAACAUCAAUUGAUUGGUUGAUUGAACACAUGAACCUAAGGCAAAAUAAAUCAUUCAAAUAUAGUGUAAUGUACAUAAAGUUAAGCAGCGCUAAAAUGCCUAAAAUCUAAUAAUUUUUGUUUAUUUACUAAAACGUCAAUUGAAAAUUUAGUCGUAUUUUUUGCACUUAAGAAAAAUUCUCUGAGGUAAGCUUCAGGCUUCUGUUUGCUAACUAAAUAAGUUAGUUUCUUAUUUAACUUAUUUCGAGGAUGCCGUUGUGGCUUGUGCAGCCCUUUGAGACACUCGUGAUUUAGGGCUAUAUAAGUAAACAUCGAUUGAUUGAUUGAACACAUGAACCUAAGGCAAAAUAAAUCAAUCAAAUAUAGUGCAAAACAAAGGACUCAUAAAAAGUAUGAAAAAUUAAUGUACAUAAAGUUAAGCAGCACUAAAAUGCCUAAAAUCUAAUAAUUUUUCGUUCAUUUACUAAAAUGUCAAUUGAAAAUUUAGUCGUAAUUUUUUCACUUGAGAAAAAUUCUCUGAGUUAAGCUUCAGGCUUCUUCUGUUUGAUAACUAAAUAAUUUAGUUUCUUAUUUAACUUAUUUCGAGGAUGUCGUUGUGACUUUUGCAGCCCUUUGAGACACUUGUGAUUUAGGGCUAUAUAAGUAAACAUCGAUUGAUUGAUUGAUUGAUUGAUUGAUUGAUUGAUUGAUUGAACACAUGAACUUAAGGCAAAAUAAAUCAAUCAAAUAUAGUGCAAAACAAAAGACUUAUAAAAAGUAUGAAAAAUUAAUGUACAUAAAGUUAAGCAGCGCUAAAAUGCCUAAAAUCUAAUAAUUUUUUGUUUAUUUACUAAAAUAUCAAUUAAAAAUUUAGUUGUAAUUUUUUCACUUGAGAAAAAUUAUUUGAGUUUAGCUUUAGGCUUCUUCUGUUUGUUUGAUAACUAAAUAAGUUAGUUUCUUAUUUAACUUAUUUCGAGGAUGUCGUUGUGGCUUGUGCAGCCCUUUGAGACACUGGUGAUUUAGGGCUAUAUAAGUAAACAUCGAUUGAUUGAUUGUACACAUGAACCUAAGGCAAAAUAAAUAAAUCAAAUAUAGUGCAAAACAAAGGACUCAUAAAAAAUAUGAAAAAUUAAUGUACAUAAAGUUAAGCAGCGCUAAAAUGCCUAAAAUGUAAUAAUUUUUGGUUUAUUUACUAAAACGUCAAUUGAAAAUGUAGUCGUAUUUUUUGCACUUGAGAAAAAUUCUCUGAGUUAAGCUUCAGGCUUCUGUUUGAUAACUAAAUAAGUUAGUUUCUUAUUUAACUUAUUUCGAGGAUAUCGUUGUGGCUUGUGCAGCCCUUUGAGACACUCGUGAUUUAGGGCUAUAUAAGUAAACAUCGAUUGAUUGAUUGAACACAUGAACCUAAGGCAAAAUAAAUCAAUCAAAUAUAGUGCAAAACAAAGGACUCAUAAAAAGUAUGAAAAAUUAAUGUACAUAAAGUUAAGCAGCACUAAAAUGCCUAAAAUCUAAUAAUUUUUCGUUCAUUUACUAAAAUGUCAAUUGAAAAUUUAGUCGUAAUUUUUGCACUUGAGAAAAAUUCUCUGAGUUAAACUUCAGGCUUCUUUUUGAUAACUAAAGUUAGUUUCUUAUUUAACUUAUUUCAAGGAUGUCCUUGUGAGUUGUGCAGCCCUUUGAGACACUCGUGAUUUGGGGUUAUGUAAGUAAACAUUGAUUGAUUGAUUGAUUGAUUGAACACAUGAACCUAAGGCAAAAAUCAAUUAAUCAAAUAUAAUUCUAAAGAAGGGACUCAUAAAAUUUGAUGAAAAAUAAAUGUACAUAAAGUUAAAAUGCUAAAAUACAUCAAAUCUAAUAGUAUAUGUUUAUUUACUAAAAUUUCAAUGAAAAAUGUAGUCUUAAUUUUUUCACUUGAGAAAAAUUAUUUGAGUUUAGUUUCAGGCUUCUUCUGUUUUUUUUGAUAACUAAAUAAGUUAGUUUCUUAUUUAACUUAUUUCGAGGAUGUCGUCGUGGCUUGUGCAGCCCUUUGAGACAUUCGUAAUUUGGGGUUAUGUAAGUAAAGAUUGAUUGAUUGAUUGAACACAUGAACCUAAGGCAAAAAUAAAUUAAUCAAAUAUAAUGCAAAAGAAGGGACUCAUAAAAACUGAUGAAAAAUAAAUGUACAUAAAGUUAAAAUGCUAAAAUACAUAAAAUCUAAUAGUUUAUGUUUUACUAAAAUUUCAAUAAAAAAUUUAGUCGUAAUUUUUUCACUUGAGAAAAAUUAUUUGAGUUUAGCUUCAGCGUUCUUCGGUUUGUUUAACUAAAUAAGUUAGUUUCUUAUUGAACUUAUUUUGAGGAUGUCGUUGUGGCUUGUGCAGCCCUUUGAGACACUCGUGAUUUAGGACUACAUAUGUAAACAUUGAUUGAACACAUGGGCUUAAGGCAAAAAUAAAUCAAUCAAAUAUAGUGCAAAAGAAAGGACUCAUAAAAACUGAUGAAAAACAAAUGUACAUAAAGUUAAACAAUGCUAAAAUCUAAUAUAUAUUUAUUUACUAAAAUGUCAAAUGAAAAUUGAGUCUUAAUUUUUGCACUUGAGAAAAAUUCUGAGUUUAGCUUCAUGCUUCUUCUGUUUUGUUUGAUAUAAUCAUUACUGCCACACGUGGUGGAAAAGUGUAUUACACCCGAGUACGCCGCAGCCCAUACAGGAAGCCGAUUUAUUUUGGUGGCUCUCUAGAGGGCGCUUAUGAGCCUGCUACGGUUCAAAAUCGCUGACAUCGACCAUGUUUGACUUGUCCAGGUGAUCCUCAGGUAAAAGUGUAAUUGACCAAAGUUUAGUGUAGUUUUCCCAACUAGUUUCUUUUGUGCGACGUGUAUCCCUUUAAGAGGCCUGCAAUGCUCAUGUCUGGUAAAUAGAAGGCCUCAACAUUAGGUACACUUGCGCAACGUUCAAGUACGAGUCACGUUUUGAUCGGCGCUGUCAGAGAUGGUUUCAUUCUGAAAGCUGCUUCUGAUAUCAUUCCAGCUGCAUUAUUAUCUUAGUAAAGGCAGAUUUUUUUUUUUAUAAUCCUCGCCAUGUCGCACUUCAAAUAUUGCAGAGGUUUUUUUUUUACUAGAUUUUUCUUUUAAAGCAAGUUAGAACAUGUUUUGGUCCUAGAUUGAGCAUUGUCAAGCAUAAACGUGGCUAAAUGAACGGAAAAUAUCAGCGAUACAGUCCGGAUGAGACCGAACCAAUCAGAAAGCGCUGUUCAGUAUCGCGGCCACUGAUUGGCUCAGCUCAGCCUGUAUUGGAUUAAAAGACUAAGGGUGUUAUUUCAUGUCCAGAGCAGUGUUUUUCAACCUUUUUUGAGGCAAGGCAAUUUUUUUUUCCAUUUCAAAAUACACAGAGUUACACCACUAGCAGAAAAUGUAAAAAAAAAAAUGAUACUCCACCAGGUCGUUGUCAGGUUCAAACACUGAUGACCUCUAUUAAACGAGACAAGAAGCAAGGAAUUAAACAGAGACGGAAUUGAAUAUGGCUCAAUUUGAAACGCUCUGGCGAAAGAUUGUAUACCACCUCUUUUUAUUUCGACUUUACAAUAAUUACAAGGCGAAAACUGCUUCUAAGGGACGUGGGUCGUAAACAGCCAUCGCCUUUGAUUGCAGAACAGUUAAAAAAACACAAAAAAGGUCGUAAACGGUUCAAAGAAGCAGUGCCUGGAGGGGAGUCUGGUCCUGCUUCCCCUUUGCUUUUGUCAUUCUUGGGUCAAAACAAUAUCUUUCUGUUAAUUACGAUACAUGAAAGAACAGAACAGCUCUGUGGAGUUUUACAAGCGUUCUUCUUGGUAAGUUCAAAGACAGCUUUUGUCUUCUCGCCGGGAACUCGUUUCAACACAAAGUAUUGUGGUGACUUAGAUACAAUUAUUUUAACAGUCGUGCCUUAUUUUGAGUUUGUUGGUGUUUUCCUGUGCUUUAGUUCUUAUUUUGGUGGCCCUUCCUGUUUUGUUGGUGUUUUCCUGUAGCAGUUUCACGUCUUCCUUUGAGGGCUUUGUGUUAGCAAGCAAGGCAAUUUAAGUUGUUGCUAUCCUUCUUCGUGCGGACAUUGUUGGUUGUCAUGUCACGCACGGGUGGACUUUGCGGACGCCGUAGGUUUUUGCUGUCGUCCAGCAUUCUGUUUCUGCUAACUUUGCGAGAUCAGUUUUACCUUUGUUUUGCAUAGACUUUUCCUUUUCCUUUUUGUUCAUUUUUGGUUUAAGCACCGAUGACAUUUAUUAAACAGACAAGAAGCAAGGAAUUAAAUAGAGACAGAAUUCAAUUUAGCUCAUUGAGGAGUGAAGUGAAGUGAAUUAUAUUUAUAUAGCGCUUUUCUCGAGUGACUCAAAGCGCUUUACAUAGUGAAACCCAAUAUCUAAGUUACAUUUAAACCAGUGUGGGUGGGAAUGGGAGCAGGUGGGUAAAGUGUCUUGCCUAAGGACACAACGGCAGUGACUAGGAUGGCGGAAGCAGGAAUUGAACCUGCAACCCUCGAGUUGCUGGCACCGCCACUCUACCAACCGAGCUAUGAAACAUCUGGGCUGUACUCCACCACACCCUGAUUGUACGCCGCCUCUUUUAUUUGGACUUUCCCUAAUUACAUGGCAACAGAUGUUUUUAAGGGGAAUGGGGUCGUAAACAGCCGUCGCAUUUGGUUACAAAACAGUUCAAAGAAAAUGUGCCUGGAGAGGGAAGAGGUCCUGCUUCCUCUCCGCUUUCUAGAUCUCUGGUCAAGACAAAAUCUUCCAGUGGAUUACAAUAGCUCAAAGAAACCGACGCCUUCAUGUCGCUUCCCAUCCUACAAAGUGGAGCUAUACAAGCCUUCUGCUUGGUAAGAUCAAAGACAGCUUUUGAUUGCUCGCCGGGAACUCAUUAAAACACAAAGUUUUGUGAUCACUUAGAUACAAUUAUUCAGACAUACACCUUUUUACCUGCACACUGCCUGCCGCUGUGCUCUGCAUGUCGGGAUCACAGCAAACCGUCCUCGUCUCACCCGACACAUUCCGACUUUUACAGAGCAAUGAACUCCCUGCCACGGCACAAUUAUUGAUUUGCAAAAACAUUUUUGGGGGGACCAAUUAGGAAAAGUUGCGUAAUUUCCCACGGCACACCAGACACUAGUGUGCCGCGGCACAGUGGUUGAAAAACACUUGUCUGGAGGACUCUCAUAAGGUUGAAAAACGCAUUUAAAAGGUUGUAAAAAGUUUUUCAUGAAUGAUUCCUGCUUUGCGGAAGUGUCCGGAACCAAUUAAUAGCGCUAACCUCUCAUUUCUUAUUGUUUGCCUUCCAGUCCUCAUAGAGUCCAGCAGCUAAUAAACAUGUGCCUGUAGAAAGAUGUCACUGCUGAUUUUUGGCACUUGUUUUGUACGCCUUCCUCUCCUUCCUCUCUGAACUGCUAUGCAAUAUUCGACCCUGACAGAUGUUUUUAUAAUUGUGAUGAGAUGUGACAAUAAAGUGUGACACAAUGUA